AGCAGGGGUCGUGCUCCAGGGGGAGGCCGAGGAAAAGUGUCGGGAAGCCGCGGUCGGUGAAACGAAAACACAGCGGUGGAGGGAGCUGAGGGGAAGGGGCACGGACGCGUCCGGUGCAUCCGAGCAGGGCUCUCCUGGAAACGGCAUCGCUCCGGCUCCGCUCCUCGGGAGCCUUUUACACAACAGCCCGCUGUCGGAGCGCUGCGGUGCGGUGUCCAAACACGCCCGGAUCGCCCAUCGAGCCCAAGCAUCGUGCAGCGCCCCUGUUGGUUGAAGUACUUGUGAAAAUUGCUCACCUGGAGGAAACAUGAGGUCACAGUACGUCACGGCGCCCACGGUCGCUCUCCUCCUGUUCCUGCUGUGGAUCCAGUCGUCAACAGGCUGCAAUAAGGCCCUCUGUGCUAGCGAUGUCAGUAAAUGCCUGAUACAGGAGCUGUGUCAGUGCCGCCCUGGGGAAGGAAACUGUUCCUGCUGUAAGGAGUGCAUGCUCUGCCUGGGCACACUUUGGGAUGAGUGCUGUGACUGUGUUGGUAUGUGCAAUCCCCGCAAUUACAGCGACACCCCUCCAACAUCCAAGAGCACCGUCGAGGAGUUGCAUGAACCGAUUCCUUCACUUUUCCGGGCGCUGACAGAAGGGGAUACUCAGCUGAACUGGAAUAUUGUUUCCUUCCCUGUGGCAGAAGAACUGUCACACCACGAGAACCUCGUUUCCUUUUUAGAAACAGUGAACCAGCCACAGCAUCAAAAUGUCUCUGUUCCAAGCAACAAUGUCCACACAUCUUACUCGAAUGACAAAGAGCACAUGUGUACUGUGGUGUAUUUUGACGACUGCAUGUCAAUACAUCAGUGCAAGAUCUCUUGCGAGUCCAUGGGAGCAUCCAAAUACCGAUGGUUUCACAACGCCUGCUGUGAGUGUAUUGGGCCAGAAUGCAUUGACUAUGGCAGUAAAACUGUAAAAUGUAUGAACUGCAUGUUCUGAAGCAGAAAAAUUGUAGUGUAGCAAUACUGAGGCCAAAGUAAUCUCUCUCGGUUAAAGAGACAGGGAUUGCAAAUACUGUGUUUUGGUGGAGUGCCUACUGGUUGCAAUUAAAUGUACCUAGUUGAAAAAAAGAUGUAUAAAAUCUGAAAACUUUUUUUUUUUUCCUUUAUUUUUUAAAAUUCAUGUAAGCAAGGCUAACUAGUAGAAGUUUCAUCACUAUGUUUUAAAUUUAUUUUUCUUUAUUUCUGCUCAAAUGGUACAGCCAUGCUCAUCCUUGCUGUUCUGAUUGUUUUCCUUUGAUUUGAAAGUAUUGACUAUACUGGUUUUUGGAAUGUAGUACUAUAUCUUGUAGUUUAGAGUAGGGAAACCUUAAGAAUAUGGUAAUGAAAUUCCCAUCAUUUAAGUUCAACAAAUAAUUAAAUGGCUGCUAGGGCAGUGGGAGGUGGUUGCUCUUUGAGGGGAUGGGUUUUUUGCUUUUGCUUUCUGGUUUUGUUUUUUGUCUUUAUUACCUUCCAGUUUUUGAGCUUAGUCUUCUAUUGUGAAAAUGGUAUUUGGCGAAAAAGAAAAAUUAAUGCUUUUUCUUCAAGUUCAACACAUGGGCUGUCAUGGAUAAAAUCCUAACUUCUUAGAAGGGCUGCCCAACAAAACACUAUGAAUGGGACACUUUUCUUCCAAGUUUCAUUUGCUCUGCUCUCAUAAGUACAUUGGAGCCUGUGUUGUGUAAUUUAUAUAUUUCAAAAAUAUAUAUCUUUUCAGUCUUCUCUUAGGCACCAAAAUAAAGCUGUUAAGUGCAGUUGCAUGUCCCUCUCAGGGUCACUUAGUCCCUGAACAUUCAGUCCAGUAAAGGAAACAUGAAAGGUUUUUAUGGAUUUAAUGACUAAAUGAAUAAAGAAAAUGAAAUGACAUGAACUAGCAGGUGGCACACAGUUACCAGUUGAGCAGUUGGCACUAAGACUGUUGCCAUUUAGUAGUUUGCCAUUAAUAUUUAUUCUGAAAUACAAUUUUCUUUUUUCUCCCAUGGAAUGUUGUCACUGGAGAAGGGAAGAUGUGUCCACAAAGGCGAAAUUAGGAUGUUCUGAGUUUAGAACACUGUCCAUUUCUGUAAGGGUUUUAAUAUGUUGACAGUUACUAUGACCCAGUUAGGUCUCCAUUGAUAAUGGUACUAAGUACAAGAAUAAAGUGUAUGAGUAGGUAACGACCAGCUUUUGGUAUUUAUAUUCAUGUGGGUUUUAACUCCUUGAAAUUUUUUUAAUGCAUAUAUACAUAUGCACACACAGAAAAAGAAUAUUUGACUAUUCAUGUUUCUCUCACUAACUUUAGUCUAGAGGGAUUAAACUGUUUUCUAGUCACAUCUAUCUGUACCAUGUACAAAUGAAAGCAGUCAUUUUAAAUUUAUUUUGUUGAAAUGUUUGCCUGAAUGUUUUUUCAUAUUUUUUCAUGAUACAGUUCUUUCAAUAAGAUGAAACAUAAUAAUAAAAAAAAUCUGCUCUUGUGAAUAAUGUUAGUUUUUUCAGUCUCUUUUUCAGCUGUAAAGAAGUACUUGAAAGAUGAAUGUUUAUUGUUUUGAGCUAGUGGAAAAUGGAAUACCUUCAUGCCUUAAACUUACAAUUAAGUGAUAAAAAUCAUAGACAUGAAUAGAAAAACUUAUAUCAUCACGAAGGAGUCAUUCUUCCUGUAUUUGACAAUUCACAUUGUCUUUUUUUUUUCUGCUUGAGUUUCUUAAAAUGAAUGGAGAGGAAGAACACAUUAGAGUUGGUUGUGCCUGAUUUUGGCUGGAGGGUGAUGCAUCAUCAUUCUUGACCAAGACAGGAGACGUACAGUGAGCAUGGCUACAGGUCAUGAGCAUCCUUCAGGUUCGUGUUAAAUUAUUGCAAACGUUACAUUAGUUCAGAAUCUUCUUGGAGGAAAAAAAACAAAGGGCAGAUGUUUCUGGUCAGGCACCUGCUGCACCAUGGAUCUGUGACACUGUGACACUUACAUCAUCAGAAUUUCCCUGUCAGGUCAAGUCCAGGGAACAGCAAGCGUGGGGAGCGGGAGGGACUGGGGGGAACUUGCCUCACGGGUGUCCGGGAAACACUGUGGAGAACGGCACAAACAUGUAAAUACGGUUGUCUGUGUCAUGGCCUGAGAGCCAGCAGCGAGGAUCCACGUUUUCUGGGGCUUGCCUUAUUUUCUGUAAUUCCGAAUGCUGCCUGGAGCUUGCUGUAAGCCUUGUGUAUAUGCAAAUGUCGUACAGCAACAGCCAGUGUAUUUUAUUACAAUGAGUGUUUUAAGAAGUAUUUUAAUAAAAAGACAUUACUGGUUUA